CCUAACUCUACCCAGUAGGGAAGAUGAGACUGGCACAGGGACCUGGCACUGCUGCACCCCAAUCAUUUGGGAUUUUGGCAGAAACACCUAGUUUUCUUCAGGAAACAGAAGUGCCAAGGUCCAGUCCUGCUCCGAGGCCCAUCCCAGCAGAGGGAAUAGCAGUGCUUGCCCCUUGGCAGCAGGGCAGGGACUAAUCUGGUCUUUCCUCCUCCCAUGCAGGACAUGCCUGGUUGCUGAGCAGAACCGAGGAGCAGGGUCCUGAGGAAGGGCCUGGAAAGCUGAAGCCACCAUGGGCUUCCCUGGGGAGUAUGGGUGAGGUGGAUUCCCUGAGCCCAGAGAACAACCAAUGGCACGAGGGUCAGGGGAUGCCCCCAAAGCAGGAUAAUGUAGCAGUGAAGCAGGUCCCAUCUCUAGUUGGGCCUUCGAGUGAAGAAGGGAAAGAAGCCAGAAACAGCCCAAGGUGCAGGGAAGAAUUUGUGGUGCUGAGACACCUGAAGAGGCCGAAAGGAAAGGCCUACUGGAGAAAGACACUGCAUGCAAACCGAGGCAGCAUGGGGGGCCUCAGAGGGAAGCAGGAGCCCACCACCAAGCGCAGGGGGAGAGCCCACUCCUGCCCUCAGUGCAGGAAAAGUUUUAGCUGCCCCUCGCACCUGGCUCUGCACAAGAUAAAGCAUGCUGGGGAGAAGCCCCAUGUUAGCACCAAGUGUGGGAAGAGCUUGACCUGUCUCUCUGUGCGGAGGAGGCAGCAGCCACACUGCUGCACAAGGUUUGGGAAGAGCUUCAGGCAGCCCUCCAGCCUGGCCAGGCACGGGUGCGUGCACACAAGGGAGAAGCGUCAUCCUUGCUCUGUGUGCGGGAAGAGCUUUAUGUCCUGGUCCAAGCUGUCUCAACAUCAGCUCAUCCACACAGGGGAGAAGCCACAUCAGUGCUCUGUAUGUGGAAAGAGCUUCACCCAAUCUUGCAACCUGAGCAGGCACCAGCGCAUCCACACAGGGGAGAAGCCACAUCACUGCUCUGAGUGUGGGAAGAGCUUCACCCAUUAUGCCAAACUGGGCCAGCACCAGGACAUCUGCACAGGGGAAAAGCCACAUCGCUGCUCUGUGUGUGCGAAGAGUUUCACCUGGUUCUCUGGCCUGGUCCGGCAUGAGCUGAUUCACACAGGGGAGAAACCACAUCAGUGCUCAGUGUGUGGGAAGAGCUUCACCCACUCCUCCAGCCUGACCCAACACCGGCUCAUCCACACAGGGAAGAAGACGCAUCAGUGCUCAGAGUGCGGGAAGUGCUUCACCCGAUCCUGUCACCUCACCCGGCACCAGCUCAUCCACACCGGGGAGAAGCCAUAUCAAUGCUUGGUGUGUGGGAAGAGAUUCAACCGAUCCUCCAACCUCGCCCAGCACCAACUCAUCCACACCAGGGAGAAACCACAUCAGUGCUUGGUGUGUGGGAAGAAGUUCAGUCGGUCCUCCAUCCUGGCCCAGCACCAGCUCAUCCACACAAGGUAGAAGUCACAGCAGUGCUCAGAGUGUGGGAAGCGCUUCCUCCACUCCACCAGACUGGCUCGGCACCAGUGCAUCCAUAGUCAGGAGUGUCCAUCAUUGUGCCAGCAAUACAGGAAGGGCUUGGGGAUUUAUACCUGCUUAGCACCCACCCGUGUCCACAUUCAGGGAAGUGGUCUCGUGCUCAUGUGAUGCAGCAGCAGUUCACCCUUCGUUCAGCCCUUCUAGGGCACUGCAGAUCCCAAAGGACACAGGGGCUGCCCUCCCAGGUCUGAUGCGGGUGAUGGUUUAAAAGGAAACACGUCAGGCAGAGGCUAGCCGGAUGCUGGGGGAACCUGUAAGGAAAAGAUCAUCCUGGGAGCCUGUGGCAUCCCCAUCG